AUUUAUGAUCUGCAAGAGUCUGAUGAUGGCUUCAAACCUAAAGCGCGUCACCACAGUUUUGAAAUAGUUCAAUAUGUUUUAUACACAGCAUCCUUGAAAAGUAGCUUUUUAUUGUGUCAUAAGUUGUAUAUUUGUUACUUGUAGUCUUAUCAGUUAGUCAGUUGCCGUGAGCACAUUUCCAUUGUUACUACUGACCAUAGUAAUAAAAUUUUCCCGCUGUACUUGUUUUACUUUAACAGAGUGUGAUCGCUAAACAAAUGACCUACAAGGUUUAUAUGUCAGGCACGGUCAAUGGACACUACUUUGAGGUUGAAGGCGAUGGAAAAGGAAAGCCUUACGAGUAAGUUUCUGUUGAAUAGAUGUAAUUUAUCUCUGAUACUUGUUCAAUAUAUAUUGGUUUCUGUUCAAUACAUGCGCGAAGCGUUUUUGCAGCCAACCCAUUUUCACUUCUUUCCAUGUUACGUUCGAGGAUGUUUUUGGAGGAGGAGGAAGUGGAAAUACGACAGAACUAGGGAACUGGGAAGUGUUUUCCGCGCACUCCAAAAAAGGUUAUGCGUUAUCUUUCAAUGACACUGGUUUAAGGUGACCAAGAUCUAAAGCUUUAAUUUAUGCAAAGUUAACCUCUCCGUCAAUUUAAUAAAAUAAAUAACAACCAAUUAGCAUCACGUGCACAAAGUGGUUUCUUGUCCACCAUUCCCCAAAAAAUUGAUAUUUCAAAAUGUGUUUGUUUUUAGAAAAGGGGGGAAACCAGAAAAGAGAAAAUCUUGUAAUAGUAACAACUAGUCACCUUUUUAACAAGAUCCAUCGAGAAUUUUUCGUCAAUUAGCCCUCAUUAUUUAAAAAUUUGCGUAAUUUGCAAUGUGAAUUCGUUCUUUUUAAGGGGCGAGCAGACUGUAAAGCUCACUGUCACCAAGGGCGGACCUCUGCCAUUUGCUUGGGAUAUUUUAUCACCUCAGACUCAGUACGGAAGCAUACCAUUCACCAAGUACCCUGAAGACAUCCCUGACUAUGUAAAACAGUCAUUCCCUGAGGGAUAUACAUGGGAGAGGAUCAUGAAGUUUGAAGAUGGUGCAGUGUGUACUGUCACCAAUGAUUCCAGGUACAUCGCGGAAAACUAAAUUAAUUGAAUUUUAGUUUUCGCAAAAGCAAAAUGUCAGAACUAGAAAGGGUUUUCGUCCCUUUUAGAAAAUGCAAAGAAAUGUCAGCAGAUCAGUCUCACUUUCUCUUCGUUAAAAAUGGCGAAUCGUUCGAAAUUGCGCAUGCACUGACGAGUAUCAUUCUGAAAAAUAUCCACAACCAUUCCAUUGCACUUUGUUAAAACACUUUUUCAUCUCUUUUUCAAAGCAUGCAAGGCAACUGUUUCAUCUACAAUGUCAAGUUCUCUGGUUUGAACUUUCCUCUCAAUGGACCUGUUAUGCAGAAGAAGACACAGGGCUGGGAACCCAACACUGAGCGUCUUUAUGCACGAGAUGGAAUGCUGAUAGGAAACAACUUUAUGGCUCUGAAGUUGGAAGGAGGUGGUCAUUAUACCUGUGAAUUCAAAUCUACUUACAAGUAAGAUGUCACAAUUGCCAUUUAACCAAUUAAGGAGGGACCCCAAGCUCCAAAUGUAGGAUAUAGCUUUUGUGAAAGCCACGAUUCGGGUCUUUAUAAGCAAAAAGGGAAAAGAUUUAGUUUAAUGAUUAUAAACGGGAUCUGGUUUUGAGGGAUUUUAGAAAGGGAGAUGAAAAAAAAAAAACUAUAUAUUGUUGAAAAGAAUUGGUAUUAGGUAGGACAUAGUAAAAAAAAUUUAAAGCCUGGCCGCAGACACACGUUGGCCACAAUUCGUCGACACUGUCAUAAUCAUGAUUCAGGUCACUCGCGCAAUGCUACUCACUCCCUUUCCCGUCUAAUGGACUUCCUCGAGGUCUUAUUCCAGACAUUGUCAAACCUUUGUUAUUCUUUCGAAAUAUUACAUUAUUUGACCCAUAUUUGUUUGUAAGGAAAAAAGGAAUAACUCUGUGCACGAAAAAAGGAAAAAAUCGCUAAUAAGAAAUUGAUAUUGAGGUGGUGAUUCUGGUAAUAUUUUUCUCGCUGUCAUAAAUCAACGUAUACGGCGAAGAGCGGAGGUGUGAGUUAGAAAGUAAGUAUCUUUAUUUAAAAUAGAUAACGUCGAGAAUGCUUGCCUUGCCUCCCGAAAACGCUUGACCCAAAAAAUUAGAGAAGAGGAUUUUGAUCAAAGCUGAUGGUUGUCGUCAAUGAUUGUGGUCAAAGCUAUUUGGUAAAGAAUUAAAUUGAUAGUUUGGGUUAUUUUCGAUCUUACCGAUAUUAACGGUUUUUUUGUUCAUUUGUUAGGGCAAAGAAGCCUGUGAUGAUGCCUGGAUAUCACUAUGUUGACCGCAAAUUGGAUGUAACCAAUCACAACAAGGAUUACACUUCCGUUGAGCAGUGUGAAAUUUCCAUUGCACGCAAACCUGUGGUCGCCUGACGUUUUUUCAGAGUCAAAUUAAGGCAGAAAUACGCAGUGGCGUAACAAACGUAGAUUUUGAUUUUAGCUAAAAAACGUAGGACGGAAGAAUUGUAAACGAAAUUUGAUGAUUAAACUUUUGAAAUGAACGUUUCUGUGUGACUCUUCAGUAUAUCACUGGGCAGCUGGGUAGUUUUAUAUUGAUGUGUGUGUUUUGAUAGUUGGCAAUAAUAGUUCCCCUUGCCCUAGUUACACUCAUCCAUUUUAACUAGCGCGAGGACGUCUUAACUGAUAACUUUGGAUGCGCCCUUGAAAGCAGCUAUGUCACGCUAACCGAUAUGGUGAUCUUUAAAUCAUUAAAAUGAGUCAUGAGUUACAUGAAAACGAGUUGUUCAUGUAGGAGAAGCGGAGGAAAUAUAAUAUGUUCCGGCUAUAUUUGAGCUUUUUUAAGGUGGCUCGACAAAGUAUGUUGGAAACACAACUUCUGUCGUCUAAUCUAAAAUGGUAAGCCAAUAUUUCUAAAAUAUUACUAUGUUUCGGAAGAUUCCAAACGACAUCCAAAAGGGGUAAAAUUACGGGUGGUGCAUUGGAAUUCGAUGUAGCCUGCGUAGCAAGCGUUUUUCAUUUCUUUUUUUCGCUCUCGUCCCAACUUUCUUGACGAACUCGCGAGGAAACGCUUCAGUGCUACGCAGGCUAAAUUCGAUGUUGUGCUAAGUUCGAAACACGCGUGUAAUCGAAGAGCAGGGGUUACGGACACUUUUAGAUAAUUUGCGUCCCCAUUUGGUCCACACUUGACGGUUCUUAUCUUAGCUCACUCGUUUCUUAUUUCAAAAGAAGAGUGGAAUUUAAAACGGAACGUUCGCUUCUUUCGUAAGAUGUGCAUUAUGUAAGACACCUAUUGACUUUUCCUCAUAUAAAUGGCCCUAUUGACUCUAUCAAUUUGGUCUGUUGAGACGGCGAAUGUCUUUUAAAACACGACAUCUUUGAUAAAGACUACAAUGGACAAAACCGUGUGAUGAUCCGUUUGUUUUAAAAAUUAGUGGUGUCUGCAAACACAAAGAAAGUAAAAAGGAAAUCAAUUGCUUUUUAAAAUUCAAGAAGGAUUCUGUCCUUUGUCAUGUAAUCACCUUUUAUAAAGUACACGUCGACACAGUAACAGUUCGGUUUUAAUUAAACAACGUAUUACAUUGAGCGUACAAAGUGAAAUAUGUAUUGUCUUAAAAUUUCCAUCGAUUGGCUAAUAUUGUCUUGAGUUUCGUCGGUUGCGAUAGCCUAAGGAAGGGCUGUGUUAAGUCAUAAAUUAAGCUCCAACCGACACAAAAAAGCUAUUUUCUAGAGAAUAAAUACUUUUAAGUUACACUUAACAAACGAUUAUUGAUUAGCUGCAAUAAGAAGUUUUCUAGGCGUAUACCUGCGUGCAGAGAAAAUGUGUUAGCGCAGUACAUCGCAGUACGCCUAGUUCGUGUAUUCGCUAUCAGUGCAGUGUGAGUGGAAGCCCCUGUUGUUAUAUGCAGAUGACUCAACGAUUGUCGCAUCGCUAUGGAAAGGAAGUAGAGCUAAGUCAGGUAGUUUUGUAGGAAAGACUUCACCUGGUUGAACUGAAAUUUCAUCAAACGCUACCCAAAGGAGUUUUAAAAAACUUAUUAUCAAAAAGGGAGGCAACUCCACAUUCUAUCUUUUUGCGUGUAAUGACUGUCAAUUCUCUACGCAUGCCAAAACUAAAUUCUGUAAAGGCAACAAAUGCUUACAUCUACAGAGAGAAGUAAGAACGAGCGUUAUAGCCAGACAGAAAUUUGAUUACAUUUUCUAUAGCAUCCUACGAUCUAACAUAAGUUAUGGGUCAAUAUCUGUUUAUGGUGCCUCCAACACGCAAUGUAUUGCCCUCCAAUAAGGUUACCAUCUGUCUCGUUUAAGGUUAUGAAGCGACUAAAACACCAAUACAGCCUUCAGCUUUCUACUUUUCACAAUAAAACAACUGUAUACACUCAAGAGAUAAUGAUCUGCAAAGGUUGCCAUUGGCUCAGGAAACAUACGGAACGUUGAAAGAACAAUUCCUGCAUAGAUAAGUUUUUAAAUGCAACCUUUUAUGAAUAGAUGAGUAUGUCAUGAUAGAUAUUAAUCUUUCUUUGUAUUUACACAGACAGAGAAACCUCUACAAACAGCCACCCCCACAUAAGCUCAGUCUUUCUCCAUAAAGGUCACUCCUAUUUGUCCCCGCUGACAGUCUUUAAAUUCCCUUUUGUGCUUUUUUCUCUUCAACACGGCCACCUCCCUACAAUGUAGUAAUUCCUAUUUUGGUGCGUCCCUCAAUUAGGAAAACCCCCGAGAAAACCUCUUCACAAUGGUUAUGCUUUUUGCUAACGUUUUUUUCCUGACCAAUUUGGUUUUGAUUAUGUUAUGUAAUGUUAUGCUAAAAUAAGUUCCUUUGAAGCUAUAAAUUAACAGUUCUAUUUAAAUCACGUCAACUCAGGGUUUCCGUGUAGAUGGGUUGUUUUACGUGCCUAGGAAAGUUUCUCAACUUCGUAGAAAAAACAAACAAAGAUCUUGUGUUUCUCUUUGUUUUCUUAGUAUUUUAAUCUUGAGCAUUUUAUCUUUGGGCCUGACUGUGUUACGCAAUGGUAUUUUAAAAUAAGCUCUUUUGAAGCUACCCAAGUUCUACCCUUUUAAGUUAACACCUCUUGUAUUUAGCGGCUUUCGCUUGUUUUGCGUACCCUGGAGGGCUUCUUUUAGUCUUCACUUCUCAGGUGGUACAAGAAACGUUGGAAAAAAACCUGUCCAGGAGAAAAACGUCCCUUGCUUGACGGAUUACAAAUAUUUACUAACCUCUUGCGAGUCUAAGCUAGUAUACCUUGAUAGUUUGCUGUAUAAAGAUAAAAGAAACAAAAUUUAACUAAUCACAAACGCACGUUCGGCGAGUGGUGACCUUUUCCACUGUUACACAACGGUUAGAGAUUAGCAUAAAUAACAAAAUAAUUGAGUGUGAUAGAGGUUAGAGUUUUUUUGUGUGUUGUAUAUGUUUCUGAAUCGAUCUUGUGUCUGUUCCGAAAUAUCUAGCUUAUGUGAAAAGCCACGAUUCGGGAUUUUAUAAGCAAAAAGGCAAACGAUUUAGUUUAAUGAUUAUUAACGGGAUCUGGGUCUGAGGGAUUUUACGAAGGGGGUUUAAAAAAAGAACUAUAUAUUGUUGAAAAGAAUUGGUAUUAGGUAGGAAAUGGUGAAAAAAAAAAUAAUUAAAUUUUGGCUUCAGAAACAAUUUGGCCACAAUUUGUCGACACUGUCAUGAUCAUGUUUCAUGUCAUUUGCGCAAUGCUAUUCACUCCCUUUCCCGUCUAAUGGACUUGCUCAAGGUCAUGUUCCGGACAUUGUCAAACCUUUGUUAUUCUAACGAAAUAUUACAUAUUUGACCCUUAUUUGUUUUUAAGACAAAAAGGAAUAAAUCUGUGCACGAAAAAAGGAAAAAAAUCGCUCGUAAGAAAUUGACUUUGAAGGACUUCAUAAAAACAAUGAUUUGGAGGUGGUGAUUUGGGUUAUAUUUUUCUCGCUGUUACAAAUGGACGUAUACGGCAAAGAGCGGAAGUGUGAGUAAGAAAGUAUCUUUAUUUAAAAUAGAUAACGUCGAGAAUUCUUGCCUUGCCUCCCGAAAACGCUCGACCCAAAAAAUUAGAGAAGAGGAUUUUGAUCAAAGCUGAAGGUUGUCGUCAAAGAUUGUGGUCAAAGCUAUUUAGCAAAGAAUUAAAUUGAUAGUUUGGGUUAUUUUCGAUCUUACCGAUAUUAACGGUGUUUUUGUUCAUUUGUUAGGGCAAAGAAGCCUGUGAUGAUGCCUGGGUAUCACUAUGUUGACCGCAAAUUGGAUGUAACCAAUCACAAUAAGGAUUACACUUCCGUUGAGCAGUGUGAAAUUUCCAUUGCACGCAAACCUGUGGUCGCCUGA